UGGAGUGGACAGCUCCGAUUGGGCCCCUAGCUCUGGUGAACUUCAGUACCUUUUUCACGAGAGAAAUUCAAGAUCAGACGUGGUGAGAGUGCCAUUGACACUUUACACCUGGCUCUUGGGGCUCAAGGUGAGGAUUACUUCUUUCUCCUCUGUUGUUCGGAGCAUAUAUAACUAACCAUAGCCUCUCGACAGAUGUCGUGCUUCGCAAGGCGGCUCCGGCCACAGGUCUUCUUCCUCCCCAACCAACCCCCCUGCUCCGUAGCGACACAGGCAAUGCCGAUACGGAUACUGCUCCGGGCACCCCUCCGGCCGUCGCAGCGACUAUUUGCCACCGCCCGGGGCGUCAAACUAAGCGCGGAACCAGCACCGCAGACCCGGCCCCCAGCACCGAAGACCCAAUCGCCGGCCGCCAAACCAGCACCGCAAACCCGGCCCCCAGCACCGAAGACUCGGACCCCAGUCGUGAAGCCCACCUCCCCCGCCCUAUCCACCACCACCACUAUCCCGAGCACCCGGGCCCCCCGGCACCCGAUUCUCUCGUACGCCGACAUGCUCUCCUCCAAGGGCCACCCGACGCUGCUGUACGAGGCGCCGUCGCACUUCUGGCUGCGGCUCUCGUGCUUUGGCGCCGGCGCCUUCUGCAUCUCCUACACCGUCGUCCAGUACUGGACCGUCUACCUGCACCCGCCGGCGGGCCUGAGCUGGUGGGUGCCCCACGCCUACGGCGUCGUCUGCAUGUUCAUGGCCGGCAUGGGCGUCUACUUCGCCGCCAGCGCCGGCGGCAUCGUGCGCCGCAUCCGCGCCGUGCCCGCCGUCGUCGCGCAAGCGUCGUCCUCCGCCACCGCCACAGCAGCGCGGGCGGGCAAGCCGAGGCCCGCGACGGCCGCCAUUCGCGCGACCGCGACCGCUGCGACAGCCACAGCCACAGCGACGACGACACCGCCGCCGCCCCUCCUCCUCGAGGUCUCGACCAGCAGGGCAGUGCCCUUCUUCCCCGACAAGACGACGCGCGUCGCGCCGGGCGAGGUAAAGCUCUCCUUCCGCCUGGCGGCCAUGCUAGCCGGGCAGAGGACGGACGCGGGGCCACCUUCCUCGCAGUCGUCGGCGGCGGAGCGGCUGCGCGCGAUGCGUUCGGAGCAGGAGGCGGCGGAGCGGGCGCGCAAGUACGAGAUGGACCACCUGAUGACGGCGCCGUUCCGGCACGCCGGGCGGGCGGCGGCGGCGUCGUGGGCCGGGGUUAAGAGGGGGCUCAGCCGCGAGGGGUUCGCCAAGAUCAGGGUCGGGCCCGUACAGUACAAGUUUGACGUCGGGGGUGGCGGGUGGGCGCUCGAUGAGGGGAAGGCGCUGGAUAGGAUCGUUCAUGUCCAGACGCCGCGGUGA